UGAACAAGCUGAUGAUUGAGUUGAGUAUGGAUUAUUUUCCCUGAAGAAUAACACCAUCUCCUCAAUGCAAUGCUGCUGCUCUUGUUAGCUGCUCUCCUCUUUUCCUCACAAAUGGUGGAUGGAACACCCAACUGUGUGUCUUUGGACAAGGAGGAAUUGCUGGCGGAGAAGAAGCUGAAACUUCUUAACAGGCCUGCGGUGAAGAGCAUUCAGAGCGAAGAUGGUGACAUAGUGGACUGUGUUGAUCUCUACAAACAGCCAGCCUUCGAUCACCCACUACUCAAAAACCAUACCAUUCAGGUCCAAUAUUUUACUCACCAGCAUCUGAGACCCGAUGAUGAGAUCUCCGGCGAAAGAGACGAGGGAGUAAAAGCACGCGUGCCGUCCCAAGCGUGGCAAAGGAGUGGGAGCUGCCCUGAUGGAACGAUCCCAAUCCUCAGGAUCCAAAAGCAUCACCUGCUCAACGCUGCUUCGAUGGAAGACUACGGCAGGAAGCCAUGGCAUGGCAUGACCAAGCACAAGAUACGUACAUCGAGUCUCUCGUUAGAUGCCGGCAUCGAAGGCCUGCACGCGUAUGGCGUGCUGAUGGCCAGUGGUUUCAGCUACAUCGGAGCCAAAGCAAGCAUCAACAUAUGGAAUCCCCAUGUCGGCGGGGACGACGAAUUCACUACUGCUCAGAUUUGGCUUCGGAAUGGGCCGUACAACAGCUCAGAAUCCAUCGAAGCCGGAUGGAUCGUAGAUCCCAGCCUUUAUGGUGACAUGAGGACAAGGUUUUUCGUGUACUGGACGACGGACUCCGGGAGGACGACAGGCUGCUUCAACCUCCUGUGCGCAGGCUUCGUGCAGACGAACCCACACGUAGCCCUGGGAGCUGCUUUCGCGAGUACAUCCCAAAGAGAUGGACUUACGGAAUUCAACUCAACAUGUGGCUGGUAA